CCCUCCUUUAUUUCCCGCCAAACACCAGAAAACCCUUCUAAAUCUCGAAGAGAGACAGCAAAAAAACCCAGAAAAUGGAGAAGUCCGGCGGUGGCAGCGGCGGUUCAGCGCCUACUGGUUGCUACAAGUGCGGUCGUCCAGGUCACUGGUCAAGAGAUUGUCCGUCCAAUCCAAACAGUACCGAUAAAUCUAAUCUUAGUACGACGAAGUACGCUUCAAAGACCGGAUCCGACGCCGGCGACGGUUCUGUUUCCGGUGCCGGUGCCGGUGAUGGAGCUUCUGCCUCUAAGCCGAAGAAAUUGCCGAGGUCAAUGCCUAAGCUAACACCGGAUAUCCUUCUGUCUGAUAAAGGACUUGGAUACGUUCUCCGUCAUUUUCCUCGUGCUUUCAAAUAUCGCGGCCGCGGUCAUGAGGUUGCUGAUUUGGGUCACCUACUUGGCUUAUAUGCUGAAUGGCAUGCGGGUUUGCUUCCUUAUUACUCAUUUGAUCAGUUUAUACAUAAGGUGGAAAAGCUUGGCGGCUCAAAGAGAGUCAAGUUAUGCAUGAAAGGACUACGAGAUAGGGUUGCCAAUGGGGUGGAUCCUGCAAAGUUGUAUGAGCCACAAGUACAAGAACAAGAAAUAAAUCAACAGGAAUUCAAGGACUCAGAACCAACUGAUUAUCCAGAAGAUACAACUCAAAAUCCAAAUCCUAAAGAUUUUCAAGAAAUCAUGCUUAAUGAUAUGUGGGAGAAGGCAAUUGAGGAGCCAUCUCAACCAUCCACUCAAAAAAUUGUUGCUGCUGAUACAUCUUCUGGAGGGAAAGAUACAGUAAAUCAGGCUCCAGAUAAUGUAGCAAAAAGUUCUGGGGUUAUUCAGAUCUCGGAAGAACAAAGAGCUCGGAUGGAUGCUAAUAAGUUGAAGGCAUUGCAGAGAGCUGCUGCUCGAACUACUCAUAACAAGUCUACAUAGUUUUUACACUGAGCUCCAUAGAAGUUCCCAACUUAUUACUAUAUCCUUAUUGUAAAUUGUUCACAAGUUUUUUAUUUUUUCAUUAAAUGCUUAAAACUUCCUUUAUCUUGAAUGUCAACACUUGAAGAGAUUGAUCUAAAUCAUUAGUUGCUACGUCCUA